AUGGUCAAGCGCAAGGUCGGAGCGCUCGAGAAAGUCGAUGCAGACUUGCCGAAUUUGCAAUACAAGGUCCGACGAGACCCAGCAUCAUACAAGGAUGACUUCAACAACCAGUACAGCCAAUACCAGGCAUUCUUGCAGCUCUUCAUGCAGGCGCCGAGCUCGACGGAUUCGCAGGGUCUGGUCAGUCUCCGAGAGCUGAUCGACUUUGUCGCGCACUGCGCCGACUGCUACCCCAAACUGACGGCCGACUUCCCUACCGACCUCAUGGCUCUCCUUCGCUUGCACCAUGCCGAACUGGAAGCCGAACUGCGUGACAAGGUCGUUGGCAGUCUGGUGCUGCUACGCAAGAAGGACAUCAUCGACUCGGCUGUUCUGCUCAACGCUCUCUUCCCCUUGCUAGUCGACACUCCCAGCAAAGCCCUGCGUACUCUUCUCUUCACCAAGAUCAUUUCUGACCUCCGCACCUCCAACUCAAAGUCCACCAACCACAAGCUCAACCGCACCAUCCAGACGGUUCUGUACAACCUGCUCACCUCGGACCCUACCUCUGCCAAGGGCGUCUGGGCUGUACGUAUCACUCGCGAGAUGUGGGCUAGACAGAUCUGGACAGAUGCCAAAGCCGUCGAGAUCAUGAAAGAGGCUGCCCUGUCUCAACACGAAAAGGUGGUUUCAGGAGGUGUUCAUUUCUUCCUGGGUGGAGACAAGGAGCGCGAGGACAAGGCUGAAGAAGAUAGCGAUGACGAGGAGAACAUCGACAUGGGCAAGCUGCGCCACCAGGCUGGCAUCAACAAGAAGACAAAGAAGAAGGCCAACGAGCUCAGGAGAGCGGCCGCCACUGUCAAGCGCAAGGAGAAGAAGAAGAAGGCCCCUCACCCCCUCAACUUCUCUGCUUUGCAUCUCUUGCACGAUCCCCAAGGCUUCGCCGAGAGACUGUUCCAUCAGCAUCUCAACACUCAGACUCCAAAGGCCAAACUCAAGCUCGACCAGAAACUGAUCGUCCUUCAGCUCGUUUCUCGCCUCGUUGGUCUGCACACCCUCACUCUGAUCCCCCUCUACUCCUACUUUAUCAAGUACCUCACCCCCAAACAGCCUCAAGUCACUUCUUUCCUCGCAUCGCUCGCCCAGUCAACCCACAGUCUCGUCCCCCCGGAUGCUCUCGAGCCCCUCGUCCAAAAGAUUGCCAACGAGUUCGUCUCUGAAGCCGCUGCCUCGGAGGUCGCGUCAGCCGGUCUCAACGCCAUUCGAGAGAUUUGCGUGAGACAACCUCUUGCCAUGAACGAGACCCUCCUGCAGGAUCUUGUUGAAUACAGAAAGAGCAAGGACAAGGGUGUAGUCAUGGCCGCCAAAGGUCUGCUGAGUCUCUACCGUGAAGUUGGUCCGGAGAUGUUGCGCAGAAGAGACAGGGGCAAGGAUGCUUCAAUAGGCAUACAAAAGGGCACCUUGAAAGACAGAAAGUUCGGCCAGGUCGAAGUGGGUGGUAUCGAAGGUCUGGAGUUGCUCGAAGAAUGGAAGGCAGAGGAGAGAAGGAAGAGACGCGUUGAGAAGGGUCUUGAUCCCGAUGCUUCUGACGCUGACGAAGAUGAGGAAGAGGAAGAUGAAGAAGCAGGCUGGAGCAAAUGGGAUCUCGAAGAAGAUGAUGAUUCAGAUGAAGAGGGCUGGAUCAACGUCGAAAGCGAUGGCGAAGAGAUCGACAUCAGCGACAGUGAAGACGAAGGCAAAAAGCCCAAAGCCAAGAAGCAAAAGACAGACGUGGAGCCAACGAAAGACGCAGAGGACACGCCAAAGGACCCCGUCGCCGAGUUUUCCAAAUUGGCUACAACCCGUAUUCUCACACCUGCAGAUCUUGCCAAGUUGCAAGAGCUACGGACCAGUGCAGCCGUGUCCAAACACAUGCCUUCACAGAAACGUCAACAACAAGGUGCUUCGGGUCGUCAUGCUGAUGAUCCUCUCACAGCCGCAGAAAUCGAAGGACUUGCUGCGCUGUCUUCCCGCGCCACCAGGGAGGAGAAGAUUGCAUUGGCGAAGGGAGAUCGUGACGAGAAGCACAUGUCAACCACAGCGAAGCGCAAGGAGAAGAAGGAAUCUGAGGGCAAGAGUACCACUAACAAGGAGAAGGCCCGCAAGAAGAACUUCCUCAUGACUCUUGGCAAGGCGAAGAGGAAGGGUAAGAGAAGUCUGGUCGAACACCGCAAGAUUCUGAGAGGUCACAUCGAUCGUCAAAAGCGUGGAGGUAAGCGUGGAAACGCAGGGCAUAUGUAG